AUGACCUCCAAACAAACUAAGAAGAAAGAGGUACAUCGUAUCAACUCGGCGCACAGCUCGGAUAAAUCUAAAGAUCAGUACCCUUUAGGUAGUAAUACACAAACGAGUGCUGUUGAACAGAAGAAGAGGAAAUUCCCAAUCUGGCCAGAAUGGAGCGAAGCUGACAUAAAUGCUGAAAAGUGGGACGCAGGCAAAGGUGGAAAGGAAAAGGACAAAAUAGGAAAAAGCCCUACGUUUCAUUUUUUUGAAGACCCUGAAGGCAAGAUUGAGUUACCACCAUCACUGAAAAUUUAUUCCUGGAAACGUCCACAGGAUUUUUUAGUUAAUCGGACUCCAGUCGUCGUGAAGAAUGAAAUCUUGUUUGACUUGUUUUCAGCAAAUGAACAUUUACUCUGCAGCGAGCUGAUGAGAUGGAUCAUCAGUGAAAUCUAUGCCGUGUGGAAGAUAUUCAAUGGGGAUGUUUUGAGCAACUAUUUUAAAGGAAAUACAGGGGAACUUCCUCUCCUUGUCUGGAAGCCCUGGGAACACAUAUAUUCUCUGUGCAAGGCUGUGAAGGGUCACAUGCCUUUGUUCAAUGGCUAUGGAAAGUAUGUUGUGAAACUUUACUGGAUGGGUUGUUGGAGGAAGAUAACCAUUGAUGACUUUCUGCCUUUUGACGAAGAUAACAAGCUAUUGCUUCCAGCUACAACUUGUGAAUUUGAACUCUGGCCAAUGCUUCUGUCUAAAGCCAUCAUUAAGCUGGCAAAUGUCGACAUCCAUAUAGCAGAGAGGAGAGAGCUGGGAGAAUUCACAGUUAUUCACGCUCUUACAGGAUGGUUACCAGAAGUCAUUUCUCUCCGCCCAGGAUAUAAGGAUGAACUUUGGGAGCUAUUGAAAGAAAUAUUGCCAGAAUUUAAGCUGUCGGAUGAGUCCAUCUCUGAGAGCAAAAUAACAGAGGUAGAUACCAAAUUAAAAGAACCAGGGAAAGAAGUGAAAGAUGGAAAAGAAGUUAAAGAUGGCAAAGAAGUGAAAGAUGGCAAAGAAGUGAAAGAUGGCAAAGAAUACAGACGGGAAGGUUCCAUUGUAACACUGAAAUCACUUGAUAAAAGUGAAAAACUUCCAAAAGAGAAAGCAGAUGCAAAAGACAUCGGGAAGAAGAGGAGUAAAGAUGGAGAAAAGGAAAAGGAAAAAUUCAAAUGGUCAUUUCAUGGUUCAAGACCCUCCUCAGAUGUCCAAUACUCUCAGCAGUCUCUGUCAGACUUUUCCUCAGUAAUACAGCCCCUUCACAUGGUUGUAUAUGCUACAUUUACACCUCUCUAUCUGUUUGAAAAGAAGAUCUUUUCAUUAGAGAAGAUGACCACUUCCGCUGAGAAGCUAAGAGAAUACGGCCUGUCCCACAUCUGCAGCCAUCCGGUGCUGGUGACCAGAACCAGGUCCUGCCCUCUUAUAGCGCCCCCGAAACCACCCCCCGUGCCGCCAUGGAAACUCAUUCGUCAGAAAAGGGAAACUGUUAUAACAGAUGAACCUCAAGAAUUAACAAUAAAGAAACCUGAACAAUUUCUUGAGAUAUCAAGCCCGUUUUUGAAUUAUAGGAUGACUCCAUUUACAAUUCCAACUGAAACCCAUUAUGUAAAAUCUUUUAUUAAGAAAGGGAUGCCUCCAGGAUCUGGUUUAUCUUCCCUUACGGAAAAUGAUGAAACUGAAAACAUUAGCCAGACAGAUUUAAGUCAAGUCACAGGAACUACAUCUCAGGGCAAUAUUGCUUCACAAGUUACACAUGGAAAAGGUAAAGAUGAACUAAUUGAUGUUGGCUUGGCUGACUCAGGUCAGCCAAUUGAGGGACAAGGUUUGGAAAAAGAUUUGGUCAGCCUGACAGCAGCAACACUGGACAAAUCACAGGAGGAACUUACAACAAUAAAUAAUAGUGUUUCUAAAGAAAUAUGGUUGGAUUUUGAAGACUUCUGUGUAUGCUUUCAGAAUAUAUAUGUUUUCCACAAGCCAAAUUUAUAUUGCUUUAACUUUCAAAAAACAGAAUUGAAGUUCUCAGAUGAGCGUGUGUCCUACUAUCUGUUUGUGGAUAGUCUCAAACCUAUUGAACUGCUGGUUUGCUUUUCUGCGUUGGUGCGCUGGGGAGAAUCUGGAGCCUUAACAAAAAACAGCCCCCCCAUAGAGCCUGGACUACUUACAGUUGAAACGUUUUCUUGGAAGUCUCUGAAGCCACGUGAUCUUGUUCUGAAGAUUCGCACCUAUGCUACCAAGGGGACUAUGGUUCACCUGCCUGUUGGGAGACACCUGCUGCUACUCACUGCAUACUCCCCAGUGGCGCACUCCUUGCACGUGUGCAGCAUGGUGAAUUUCGUCGUCGGGGAUGAAGAUACCGUGCUGCCCAACUUCGAGCCGGAGAGCUACCGAUUCACGGAGCAGGCGCUAAUAAUUUUGAAGGCUGUUGGAAAUGUGAUUGUUAAUUUCAAAGAUAAGCAUAAACUUUCCGCAGCUCUGAAGGACCUGCAGACAGCUCUCUACCCUGUGCCCUUGCACAACAAGGAGCUCACCAUGCAGCACUUCAGGGUUUUUAGUACUUCCUUGUGGCGUUUAAUCAAAAAAGCUCAGCUAACAAAACCUCCUUCAAACUUUAAAUUUGCAUUCCGUGCUAUGGUUUUGGACAUGGAUCCACUUGAUUCCUCCUCAGAAGAUGCUCCUUCGGCAGAAUGGGUAGAUGUUAAAUAUUGUGUGCCAGUAAGCGAUGAAGAAGAACUAACCGCAGCAGCAAUUAAAAUCCAAGCCAUGUGGAGAGGGGCUUACAUCAGACUGCUUAUGAAAGCUAGAACACCAGACACAAAGGAAAAUAUCAGUGUUGCAGAUACUCUUCAAAAAGUUUGGACUGUAUUAGAAAUUAAUAUAGAACAGUAUGCAGUUUCUCUAUUAAGACUGAUGUUUAAAAGCAAGUGCAAGUCUAUUGAAUCUUAUCCAUGCUAUCAAGAUGAAGAAACUAAGAUUGCUUUUGCUGACUAUACUGUAACUUAUGCAGACCAGCCACCCAAUAGUUGGUUCAUAGUCUUCAGAGAAACAUUUUUGGUUCAUCAAGAUAUGAUUUUGGUUCCCAAAGUAUAUACUACACUCCCGAUCUGUAUCCUCCAUGUUGUUAAUAAUGACACAAUGGAACAAGUGCCAAAGGUGUUCCAAAAAGUGGUGCCUUAUCUUUAUACCAAGAAUAAGAAAGGAUACACAUUUGUGGCUGAAGCAUAUACUGCUGACUCAUACGUACCAUCCUCACGAUGGAAACUGCGUCUCAUUGGUUCUUAUAAUCCACUCCCAAGCCUCUCCCGAGAUUUCCCAUGCAACACCUUUGCCAUAAAAGAAAUCAGAGAUUACUAUAUACCCAAUGACAAGAAAAUUUUAUUCAGGUAUUCAGUCAAAGUUGCAUUCCAGCAUCCUGUUACAAUUCAAGUGCGCACAUCUAAGCCAGAUGCAUUCGUCAAGCUACAGAUCCUAGAAAAUGAAGAAGUUGCCGUCAGCGCCACUGGGAAAGGCCAAGCUAUAAUCCCAGCAUUUUACUUCUUGGGGAAUGGAAAAGCGCUGAGCUCCCAGUCCAGCAAGCAAAUUCUUUUAGUUCAUACUUCAUCCAAAAAAGAGCAAGAAUCGUCUGCCAAGAAGAAAUCUGUCCAGGGAAGUCAGAAAUCCACUAAGGGCAGACCUGGAAGUGCAUUAGUAGACAGUGGUCAGAUGAUUUUGGAAGAGGAAACUGCCAGUACACCCACGAUAGAAGAAAAUGCUAGCACACCUCAGCAGGUUUACAAGUAUAUUAUACAAUGUUUGAUAUUGUAUAACAGCUGGCCUCUCACAGAAAGUCAACAGAUAUUUGUUCAAGCACUAAAAGACAUGGAGAAAAAUGAUAACAGAACUCAUGGAGAGAAACAUGAGGAAUCAAUUCCCUUGGGAAGCCCAGAUUCCCAUGCUGUUAGCGAGGGGCCAAAAUCCUCAGGAACAUCCAAAACAACGAGGAAAGGCAAAGAGAAGCCUUCUGAGAGAGAAAAGACAGCCAAAGAGAAACAAGCACCUCGCGUUGAGCCUCAGAUAACCACUGCUCACUCCCAACAAGAAGACCCAAAUAAACCCUACUGGAUUUUGAGGUUGGUCACUGAAUACAAUGAAGCAGAGUUUCUUGAAGUAAAAAAAGAUACGGAACGAGCAGAUGAGAUCCGAGCCAUGAAGCAAGCCUGGGAGAUGGCCGAGCCCGGAAGAGCAAUCAAAGCUUCUCAGGCCCGUCUGCGUUACCUCAGCCGGUUCAUUAAGAAAACCCCCGAUGCGCACAGCGUGCCGUUGCCGGUGUCAGAAAGCCAAAUGAGAGCAGAGGAAGAAGUAGAAUCAUCUGCAAGUUCCACGAAAGUGCCAGAAACAAAGAGUUCUGGGAGUUUAGACCACAAAGAGAUAACACAAUCAGGAAGUGUGCUGUGGAAGAAGUGGCAAGUGACCAAGGGCUUUAAGGAUCUGGCCAAAUCAAUAAGCAAUGAGAGCGGGGAAUCCCCGGGCAAACAGGAAAGAGAGGGAAGGAGGAACAAUGCACCCUGUCCAGCUCAUUCACGAUCCCCAACAAUUUUGGAAACAUCUCCACGACUUAUCCGAAAAGCACUAGAAUGUGUAGAUUUAACUCAAUAUAUACGGAAAACAAAGACUGAGCCUCUGCUUCAAACAGAUGAUCUGAAUCAGCAUCUGGCAAUGCAAAAGGCAGAGGAGGUCCAUCAGUUUCGACAGUAUAGGACCAGAGUCCUUAGCAUUCGAGACAUUGACCAAGAAGAACGAGUUAAAGUACAGGAUAAAGUCCUGGAGAUGUAUGCGGAAAUGCGGGACUCUUUAGAUGAAGCUCGUCAAAAGAUAUUCAGCAUCCGGGAAGAAUAUAGAAACAAGUUGCUGGAAGCCGAACGCCUAAGGUUGGAGGCUCUGGUUGCAGAGCAAGAAGCUACCUGGGCAGAGCCAGAAAAGAAGACCACAGCCCCUGACAAAAACAAGAAGAAGAAAGAAAAGAAAAAGUAACCAGGAGAUGCCCAAUACUAAUUUUCUUCUUCUGAAGAAAAACCUAUUUUUGAUUAUCUAUAACUUUACCUGUUGAUUUAAAAAAGUAAGAAGUU